AAAUAACUAACAAAAUUUCACACUUACUUGAAAAUCCGUUGCUGCUACUCCACAGCCAACAUCAUAACACUGGAGGAGCAACAUCACCAACACCAUCAACAACUGCUGUAUCGACACCAUCGACGUUAUUUACGUCCAACGUCGUUGUGGAGCGUAGCGAGUUUUUUAACGUGGCUUCUACCGACGGCAUCAGGACGCAGCACAGCAAAGUUCACCCGAGUCCAGGGGCAGGAACGGCCCGUAGUGUUUGGGCCCUGCCCCUGAACUAUGACAGCUGCAAUAUGGUGGCGGAAGAGGAUAGUGCCGCUCAUACAGACCAUGAGGUAGAUCCUCGAAGACCCCAUUCCCCACAUGUGGUAAAUGUACGCGGCGGAGGUAAUGGUUCUCUGGUGGUUUCAAAUGGAUCUUCAGGCAUGGGUGGUAAUGGAGGUGCGGUAGAUGAAAAUCUAUUGAUUUUUGAGGGAGCUGAUGGUACUGUAGCUCAUUUGGAUGAUAUUUUUGAUAUUAUCAAAAAUGGUGAUGUCAAUGAUGUGGAAAAUUUAACAGAAAAAUUUGGCAUUGAGUGUUUAACAGCCCGUGACCGGCAUGGUUAUACACCAGCCCAUUGGGCGGCGCUUAAUGGGAAUGUAGAAAUGAUGCGGUAUCUCAUAGAGAGAUCGGCUCCCAUCGACUUACCAUGUUUGGGUACCCAAGGACCCCGUCCCAUACACUGGGCUUGUCGCAAAGGUCACCCUGCUGUGGUACAAGUUAUAUUGCAGGCCGGCGUGAAUGUUAAUGCAGCCGACUUUAAAGGUCUAACACCGCUACAUGUUGCCUGUAUGUAUGGGCGUACUGCCACGGCUGCCUAUUUAUUGGGUAUGGGAGCCCUAAAUCAUUUGACCGAUAUUAAUGGUGAUACGGCAUUACAUUGGGCUGCUUACAAAGGCCAUCCUGACCUAAUGCGGUUGCUAAUGUAUUCUGGAGUAGAGCUGCAAAAAACUGAUAAUUUCGGUUCGACUCCAUUGCAUUUGGCCUCUUUGUCGGCAAAUAUAACUUGCGUGCGUUUGUUGUGUGAAAAAUCAAAUUUAGAUUUAGAGCCCAGAGACAAAAAUGGCAAAACUCCCUUAAUGCUAGCUCAGUCUCAUCAACAUCAAGACAUUGUACGAAUAUUGUACACGGAAGUGAAGAAAAAAUCUCGCUGGAUGCCUUCGGUGUCGGAAAUUUGGGGUUGGUUGUUUGGUGGAGCAGGGGACUCAAAAGGUCCUCUACUCUUGUUCUUAUUUUCGGUUCUGCUUUGGGGUUAUCCCAUGUACAUGAUAAGAGCUAUUCCCAUAACAUGGAAUAUCUUAAGACGUUCGCAUUAUUGUUUCAUUUAUUGGAAUGCUGUUAUGUGGAUUAGUUGGAUUAUUGCCAAUCGUCGCGAUCCUGGCUACAUACCAUUAAGUUCGGACGCAUAUUAUCGGGCUAUUAAACAAAUACCAUAUUUCGACAAGCUCAAGAAGCGUAAUUUUAUGCUGACUCGUCUAUGUCAUAGUUGUCGUUGCCUGAGGCCGCUUAGAGCCAAACAUUGCCGAGUAUGCAAUCGUUGUGUGGCAUAUUUCGAUCAUCACUGUCCAUUUAUUUAUAAUUGCGUAGGUUUGCGCAAUCGCAUGUGGUUCUUUUUGUUUGUACUCUCAGUGGCUGUAAAUUGUUCUUUUACUAUAUAUUUCGCUUGCUAUUGUGUUAUGAUUGAAGGUUUUACAUUACUUUACGUUUUGGGACUGGUCGAGGCUGUGGUGUUCUGUGGUUUAGGCUGGAUAUUGACUUGCACCUCGAUACUCCAUGCUUGCAUGAAUCUCACUACAAACGAAAUGUUCAACUACAAACGUUACCCAUAUUUACGCGACAAACGUGGCCGUUAUCAAAAUCCCUUCUCUCGCGGCCCUAUUCUCAACCUUUUGGAGUUCUUUGUUUGCGUACCAGAUCGCAGUGAUGACAAUGAUCUUCUUUUGGAGGAUAACAUUUGAUUAAGAACUUAGGAUAGAGCCCAUCAGGCACGACGCCGUAAAUUACCGCCCGCUAGAGGAUAAUAUUAGGCUUUUGAUUAGAAACAAUUCCGGUAAAUUUAUCGUUGGCAACAGUGGAUUAAUGGAGAUUUUAUUCUAUAUAACUUGGCUUUAUAACGAACAAUUUUUAAGCUUACAAUUUGAUCUUACUUCUUACAAUGAUAUAUUGCACAAAGAUAUCGAACAACUUGUUUAUAAAGAUUAUAAAACAUGAACAACAAACCAAUUUAUUUGUUCUUCCAUAAGCAAGUG